UUUCAAAUUAAAAACUGGAAUUAUAAUUGAGAUCAAACAAUGACCAGUUAAUUCAAAUGCAAAACAAUAUCAAUGCUUUAAGAAAUUUGAAGAUAUCCAGGACUUAUAAAAUGGAUUGGCGCGAGAAACUCUUUGGGAAAGUGUUGGUAAAGUGUUCUUCGGGACAAAAUGGACAAUUUGAGAAUAUUCCAACUUUGGAAGCCUUAAACGACUGUGUGGAAGAAGGGGAAGGUGUUGUGUGUGGUAUUUACUUCUCAUUUGCUAACAUUAGUGAAGAAAGUGAUGAUUUCGGUGUGCGUUUGGAGGAGGUGUAUAAGAAAGUGUUUCCAAGGCUGAAGGUUGUGGAGGUGGUGUUGUGGGCCCACGUGGGGACCCCGGAGGGUCCAUUGGAGAGAGAAGCUGGAUUCAGGAGGAGUUUGACCGGGAAGCCAUGGUUUGCUGUGCCCUUUCACGAUGUGGAUACUAAACGUCGCCUCACCCAAAAAUACAGCAUCGCAGUAGGAGUCCCCACCCUCAUCAUACGAGGGCGGCCAGUCCGUGCUGCCCUGAUAGCCGAUCCAACCGCCUCCGGCUUCCCCUGGCCAGCGCCGCCUUUACAUGAGGUCCUUAGAGGAGUCCAGCUUCAAGGUCCGGAUGGGAGUAAAGCCUAUGAAGAUCUGGGGGAUGCUGUUAGGGUUUUCUAUUUUGCAGCUCAUUGGUGUCCACCAUGCCGCGCGUUCGCUCCAAGCCUCUGCGCAGCAUUAUCGGCAGUGCGCAAGCGACGCGCCAAGUACGCGAACACGCAUCUCAUACUCGUCUCCAGCGACAGGAGCGAGCAAUCCUUCACCCGCACAGUCCAGUCCGUGUCCUCAGUGGGUGCUCUCGCUGUGCCCUGGGAUGCCGCCGAAGCCCGAGCGGCUCUCCCGGCGGCCCUGGGAGUCGCUGGGAUCCCUGCCCUGGUCAUCACGGAUUCGGCAGGGAAGGUGCUGACUGCGAACGGAAGACAGCAUCUUGCUGGAGAUCCUUUAGGAUUAAACUUCCCUUGGGCGCAGCGGCCGGUGUCGGUGUUGACCGAACAGGCGCUGCUGAAGAUGGCGCGACAUCCCGCAGUCGUAUUAUUUAUAGACGACGAAGAUUCUGAGAUAGAAUUCGCCGAGUCCGUCCUCACGCCCUCAGCAGAGUCCUACUACGAGGAGUGCAGCAUUCAGUUCCCAGGGUUCUGCCCGUAUCAGACCUCCUCUGAUGACGAGACCAUGGACUUUGACUAUCCCACGUCACGUGCUCACAAGAUUAAGAAGAAACCGUUUAAACACGUCAUGUUCUAUAUAGGCAUAGACGGCACGGAAGCCGCCGACAUGCUCCGCGAGCACGUCGGGCUGGACGACGCCGUGCCGCUGCUCACCGCCGUCGACUUCCCGAAACGGCGCGCCGCCACCAUGCGCGUCGGCGCCGCUAUCACCGCCGACUCCACCCAGCACUUUCUCGACGCCUAUUUGAGUGGUCAGGCGGCGUGCGUGCCUCUACAACCACAGACGGAUAAAUGUUAA